AUGUCCUUAGAGCUGAAACAACUCCCGAAUAAUCUGAAAUACGCUUAUUUGGAAAGUGAUGAAAAACUCCCUGUUAUUAUUUCUUCUAACCUUGAUUCUGAUCAGGAAAAUAAACUUUUGCAGGUUUUGAAGAAACACAAGAAGGAAAUUGGCUGGACAUUAGCUGACAUCCCAGGUAUUAGUCCUUCCAUGUGUAUGCACAGGAUUUUACUUGAGGACGGUGCUAAAACGGUAAGACAGUCCCAAAGGAGGCUUAAUCCUUUGAUUCUUGAUAUGGUAAAGAAAGAGGUAACCAAACUCUUGCAAACGGGUAUCAUUUAUCCUAUCUCUAACAGUAAAUGGGUUACUUUCAGAUUCAUAUUGCACCUGAAGAUUAAGAAAAGACCACUUUCACGUGCUCAUUCGAUACAUUUGCUUACAGGAGGAUGCCUUUUGGGAAUUGUUCUUGGUUACAUAAUUUCUGAAAAGGGAAUUUUUGUUGACCCUGCUAAGAUUGACAAUGACGUCACUUUCAGUUUUGAUGACAAAUGCAAACAAGCGUUUGACUUCUUGAAGAAAGCAUUAACCUCCGUUCCCAUCAUCCAGCCUCCCGACUGGACCCUCCCUUUUGAGAUUAUGUGUGAUGCUUCUAAUUAUGCUCUUGGGGUUGUCCUUGCACAUAAAGUUGACAAGAUCAUACUUGUUGGUUCUAAGGUUGUUGUUUUUACUGACCAUGCAACUUUAAAGUACUUGUUGAAAAAGCCAGAAGCAAAACCGAGAUUGAUUCGGUGGAUGUUAUUGCUCCAAGAGUUUAAUGUAGAUAUUAAAGACAAAAAUGGAGUUGAGAACUUAGUGGCUGAUCACUUGAGCAGAAUAGAGAGAGAUGAAGAUCCUUUUCCCAUCCAAGAUGACUUUCCUGAUGAGCAGCUUUUUCUUGUGCAUGGUAUUACUCCUUGGUUUGUUGAUAUUAUUAAUUAUCUUGUUGCUGGUGUUUUUCCUACAGUCGACGAAUAUUUUGGUUCUCAAAGGACUGCAAGAAAAGUCCUAGACUCGGGUUUUUAUUGGCCCACUAUUUUUAAAGAUGCAUAUGAGGUUUACCGCACUUGUAAAGAGUGCCAGAUAGCAGGUACAAAUGUCACUCGUAAGAGUGAAAUGCCUCAACAUCCUAUGUUUUUCUGUGAGGUAUUUGAUGUAUGGGGAAUCAACUUCAUGGGUCCCUUUCCUAUAUCAUUUAGUUUUUUGUACAUUUUACUUGUUGUUGAUUAUGUUUCAAAGUUUGGAAUACCACGAGCUAUCAUAAGUGACCAAGGCACUCAUUUCUGUAACCGCACCAUUGAAGCUUUGCUCCGGAAGUAUGUAGUUGUGCACAGAAUAUCUACUGCAUAUCACCCACAAAUAAAUGGGCAAGUUGAGAUCUCUAACAGAGAGAUCAAACAGGUUUUAGAGAAAAUGGUGCAACCAAACAGGAAGGACUGGAGCCGCCGUCUAGAUGACGUACUUUGGGCUCAAAGAACAGCUUUCAAGACACCCAUUGGGAUGUCUCCUUAUCGACUUGUUUUUGGUAAGCUUGAAGAGCUUAGGCUAGAGGCUUGUGAAAGCUCUAGGAUUUAUAAAGAGAAAACUAAGCACUUCCAUGAUAAGAUGAUUUAUAGGAAGGAAUUCUCUGUGAGCCAACAGGUUUUACUGUUUAAUUCUCGCCUUAAUCUUAUGGCUGGGAAACUUAGAUCCAAAUGGAUUGACCCUUUUGUCGUUACUAACGUUUUCCCUCAUGGUGGAGUAGAAAUUAAAAGUGCAGAUACUGACAAAGUUUUCAAGGUCAAUGGGCAGCGCCUAAAGCUAUUUCAUGAGAGUUCAGUGCCUGACAAUGCAAGCAUAGAGGAGCUUUCUUUGGAAGCGCCCAACUACACUGCAACUUGA